GAGAGAGAGAGAGAGCGUCGGGAAUGAAGUGCCAUUUCCUUCCUUUUCCUCAAACAGCGACUGCUCACCAAAGGAAAGCCUCCCUGUUGAGUGAGAAUAAUAAAAGGAAAGUGAGAGAAGGAGCUCGUGGGCGAAGAGUCUAGAGUUUGAACAAUCGGCCACCUUCUCUUUCUCCUGCAGUUACACUUUUUUUUUCCCCAAGUCACAACACGAAGACUAACCUGGCGAAGUAAGAUCAACCUGGGACUUCUUUUAUCCAGCGACACGGUUGAAAUCAGACGAGAUCAGGCAUGUAUGUUUAUCUCCUCGCCAUCACCAGCGGUGUCUGCAUUUUCUUUGCUGGUGUUUGUGCAAAAGAGUGCGAAAACGGCGUUGUGGCAGCACGUGAAACUUUUCAUGUCCCAGAAGGAAGCAGUCUAUCUAUGUCUUGUGUGGUCGAGCACUGUGGAAACACGUGGGACGGCUUCUGGAUGUGGACAAAUUUAACAUAUGAACCUCUGAUCCGUGUGAACAACACUGCCAGGCACCGUUUGACCAGGGUAGACAUCUCGGCCAAUGAAACCAAACUAGUUUUGGAAAUUCUACCAGUCAACCGAAUAGAUGCUGGUGACUAUCGAUGCAGUGUUAACUGGGACGGCCGUCUCACAGACCAGGGACACUGGAAGAGUGUGAACGUCACCGCAGCUGUCCUCUCUCGGAGGAUUUUCUUGCACAGGGUUUAUGUCUGGAUCGGUUCUUUUCUUUGCCUUCCCAUCAUCCUGGGACUGGCUCGCUGUCUGAGUUCAGGAGUCAAGCCUCAGCUGCUUCCCACGGCACCGGUCAUAUAUGCAGCUGUAAACCCAGAGAGAACACACCCGGCUCCACGGCCUCCCCCUCGACGCUCGGUACAACCGAAACGCAAUGCUUCCUCUCAAAAAGCUCCCCCCAAAGGCAACCAAAAGACUGAGGUUGUCUAUGCAGACAUUUCCCAGCAUGCACUAAGGAAUCAGGGUGCUACAAGAAAGCCUGCCGAGUCCACAGUCUACUCAGCUGUCAGAUUUACCUGACUGCAAAUGAAAGCAGAGAGGAGUGGUCUGCUGAGAACCAGCUGAUCCUUGACAUCAUCAUUAGACGUGGGAGACGUUCAGGGGUCCUGACUUUCCGUGCAUAUUGCAAAAAGUGACUAAAGCAGUAGACACACUUGUCCGUGUCUAUGGAUGACUCCCUGGAAGUAGUGACAUUUUUCAAAUGUGAAACCGAAAGAACCAAAAUAUGCCUUCUGUCAUGAGACUACGUUCUGUCUGAACUUGCUUGUGGCAACGUUAACAGCACUGUGAUCACUUUUAAAGCAAAACAAGAGAAACAAACUUCUGCUGUGACGUCUGUACCAGUUUUCCUGACGUGUUCAUGUGCAUAAAAUAAAUGUUAUGUGUGAGUAUGAGUAAG